CACACUGGGAGCCGGGCUCGGGACGGGCGCCAUGGUGCUGCUGCACGUGCUCUUCGAGCACGCGGUCGGCUACGCGCUGCUGGCGCUGAAGGAGGUGGAGGAGAUCAGCCUGUUGCUGCCGCAAGUGGAGGAGUGUGUGCUCAGUCUGGGCAAAUUCCACAACAUCGUUCGUCUAGUGGCCUUUUCUCCCUUUGCCUCGUCCCAAGUGGCCUUGGAAAAUGCCAACGCAGUGUCUGAAGGUGUUGUUCAUGAGGAUCUCCGCCUGCUUUUGGAGACACACUUGCCGUCCAAAAAGAAGAAAGUACUCUUGGGAGUUGGGGACCCCAAGAUUGGUGCUGCCAUACAGGAGGAGUUAGGGUACAGUUGCCAGACUGGAGGGGUGAUAGCCGAGAUCCUCCGAGGGAUUCGCCUGCAUUUCCAUAACCUGGUGAAGGGCCUGACUGACCUGUCUGCUUCUAAAGCCCAACUGGGGCUGGGACACAGUUACUCCCGGGCCAAAGUGAAGUUUAACGUGAACCGAGUGGACAAUAUGAUCAUCCAGUCCAUUAGCCUCCUGGACCAGCUGGAUAAAGACAUCAACACCUUCUCCAUGCGUGUUAGGGAGUGGUACGGCUAUCACUUUCCGGAGCUCGUGAAGAUUGUCAAUGACAAUGCCAUGUACUGCCGCCUGGCCCAGUUCAUUGGCAACCGCAAGGAGCUGAACGAGGAAAAGCUGGAGGAGCUGGAGGAGAUGACGAUGGAUGGGGCCAAGGCCAAGGCUAUCCUAGACGCCUCGCGGUCCUCCAUGGGCAUGGACAUCUCUGCCAUCGACUUGAUAAACAUUGAGAGCUUCUCCAGCCGAGUGGUGUCCCUGUCAGAAUAUCGCCAGAGCUUACACACUUACCUGCGCUCCAAGAUGAGCCAAGUAGCCCCCAGCCUGUCCGCCUUAAUUGGGGAAGCGGUAGGUGCUCGUCUCAUUGCACAUGCUGGCAGCCUCACCAACCUGGCCAAGUAUCCAGCAUCCACCGUGCAGAUCCUUGGGGCUGAAAAGGCCCUGUUCAGAGCCCUGAAGACCAGGGGAAACACCCCUAAAUACGGACUCAUUUUCCACUCCACCUUCAUUGGCCGAGCAGCUGCCAAGAACAAAGGCCGCAUCUCCCGAUACCUGGCAAACAAAUGCAGUAUUGCCUCUCGGAUCGAUUGUUUCUCUGAGGUGCCCACGAAUGUAUUUGGGGAAAAGCUUCGAGAGCAAGUCGAAGAGCGACUCUCCUUCUAUGAGACUGGGGAGGCGCCUCGGAAGAAUCUGGACGUGAUGAGGGAGGCAGUGGUUCAGGCGGAGGCGGCCGCUGAGGAGAUGACUAGGAAGCUGGAGAAGCGGGAGAAGAAACGCUUGAAAAAGGAAAAGAAGCGAUUGGCUGCACUUGCGUCUCAGGAAAACAGCAGUGCUCCUGAGGAGUGUGAGGUCGCCGGGCAGGAGACCAACGGGGAAAGGUCCAAAAAGAAGAAAAAGCAGAGGGCCCAGGAGGCUCCACAGGAAAAUGGAUUUGAAGACCCGGCUAUCUCUGCUCUCCCCAAACCCAAGAAAAAGAGAUCUAAGGAGGAGAUGGUCAGCAGUGAUCCAGAAGGGGUGCCUCCCCCCAAGAGGAAGAAACUGAAAUCUCUCCCCAGAGAGGAACCUGCCUGUGAUCUUCAAGAGGCAGCAAAUGGCGGGAGCAUCCCAAAGAAAAAGAAGAAGCUCCCCGCAAAGGGGGAGCCCGCCAGCAGUGGACCCGAGGAGGCAGCUGCUAGCAGCAAGAGCAACAGCACUAAGAAAAAGAAAAAAAUUAAAAAACCAGCCCAGGAAGACUAGAGUGGAC